GAAUGUGGUCAUGGUGCCCUCGAUGAUCAAGCGACGUUUACAUCUAGGUCCUAGCAAUCAAUUUCCUCAGCUAUAGGCAAAGCUUCGAGAGCUCCUACUCUAGAUCUCUCUGGCGGAAACCCUCGGGUACUGGAUCGCUGACGUACCAUGUCGUCCAAUUGGCUCGCUGAGCAGAUAUCCAACACUCUCGGUCUCAGUACAGAUGAUGCCAAAGAACAGAUUGUACCAUAUGUGGAGAGCUUGAGCACUCGAGUCCAGGUCGAAAGGCACCUCCAGGAACUAUGCGGGUCCGCGCCUUUUAUCGCCACUUACUUGGACAGGAAGUUCCCUCUUCGAAUGCCUCCACCAGCCGCUCCAUCCAUGCCGACAAGUACCGCUCGUACUUCCGGUCCUACGCCAUCACAGGCCUUUCCUGCCAAUGUUGCGACCAAGAUAAAAACGAAAAAGAGCUCUUCUGCCGCUACCCAUUCGACCGGCAGCACAAGUAAGCUUGCGAAGAACGGUCAGAGCGGAAGCUCUACUCCUAAGCCAGAAGAUCUCGCUAUGGCCUUUGGUGGGAUGCCUGGACAGGUGUACAUCAAGAAUCGAGAGGACGAUCUGGGAUGGGGAGGAAGCGGAGGAAAGAAGAAGGGAAGUCGAGCGGGUACAGGUGCCAAUACGCCGACGAUCACGGUAGAAGAGGAGGACGGUACCGUCAUGGACCGUAGUCGGAGCCUGGCAGGUAGCGCUCGCGGUUCGAGCGCGGGUGGGAAUGCUGGCGUCGGUUUGUCGAACCCGGUGUCGAGGUCGCAGUCGCCAGAUGGAAAAGGGAAAAGGGAAAAGCUAGCUCCUGUCGAACCCGAAAGGCCGAAGAGUAGAGAGAUGAAGAAGAUUGAACGGAUGAUCGAGGGCGUCAAGAAGAUGGCGAAUGGGCAAGCGGUCGAGGCGGGCAAGAUGGAUGGACAGGAAGGAUGCUUCUGCAUGGCUCGAACACAUCCCUUAUCGCCAUAUACACCCGCGUGCUCUCAAUGCGGGUUGAUUCUUUGCAACCUACAUCUCCCUUAUCAUCCCUGUCCCCAUUGCAAAUCCACUCUCCUCGGACCUUCGGGCACAAUGCGGGUCAUCACGAAAUUAAACGACGAGCUCGGCGUGGUACUGCGCCGCGAGGACGAGGCGAAACGUCGUGCCAUUGAAGAGGAAAGGUUGGCUUAUCUUGCCGCAACUGGAGGCGGAGCCUUCCCGACCUUGAAUAUGAGUGCCGGAGGAAUUGCCAAAGACGUACCGCCAAAGGUGGAGUCGGGAGGCCGCAAGGUCAUGACGAUCGGAGGAAGCUCUGCGGGUGUGCCCACGGCGGCGCAAAAGCUCAAGGGUGGAAGAGGUCCAGGCCGAGGCGCUCCAGCCAAGGCGACUGUGGUGAUCACUCGGACGGCUAGUCCUCGACCCGUCUCCUCCCAGAAACUCGAUCAGACCGGCGUUCAGGAUGACCUGGAUGACGACAGCACCGGUCGAGGCAAAGGAAAGAUUCACCGGACCGCCCGUCCGGUCGAGAACGAUACCGAAGCUGGUGCUCGACGCUAUCGCGACUUGCAAGAUAGGAAAAGGUUCAACGAGAUGUGGAGACAACAAGAAGAGCGACGGUUCGGAGAUCGAGUUGCUGUACUACAAGGGUGGGAUGCGCAGUACGAGCCGAUCACGAAAGAAGAGAGGGACGAGAUGGAAGCGAAGCGUAGAGGCAAGGACGCUGAACCUGUUUACGAAAAGCCGAUCAUCCCUGGGGCCGAGAUCAAGGCCAAGCCAAAGCCGAAGAACAAGUCGAAGGGUAAAGGCAAGGAGAACGAUGUAGGCGAUGUUUGAAAGAUGUAGCAGCAUGUAUCCACGAGAUGGAUGACCAGCAUAUGUUCCUCAUAAUGCGACACGCUUUAGCAGGGCCUAAAUCGACCUAAAUUCGACGCGUUAUCAGUAAAUUUACCGCUUACAGCUAUGAUGUGUUAAUGUAAUAAUUAAUUAUUAACGUCAU